AUGAGUUCAAGAAAGCCUAUCGCAAUCAGUUCCAGCUGUGUUCAACUUCGUAAGAUCUUGGGAUAUAGCCAUAGAGUAAAGAACGGCAUUGUUUUCUCUGAUGUCAACACAUUGUUUUAUUUGUCUGGGCAGCAAGGAGUCUUCCACGAUUUGAAGACCCAUAAGCAAACCUUUCAACCUAUAAUUGUUAAUACUGUCAUCACUGCUCUGUGUUUGAGCGCCAAUGGAAAUCUAAUUGUAUGUUCAAAGGGUCCGGACCGCAAAGUAAUGGUUAUAAACUUGUCAACAGGAGAAAGUAGAGCUUUACCGAAAGCUGAUAAAGUUAUUAGUGAUGAGUACGUAGCCGUGUCUUUAUCGCCUGAUGAAGAGAGAUUAGGAGCACAAGGUGGAUAUCCUGAUUGGGCGUUUGCUAUUUGGCAGUGGAAAAAGCAUCAAUUUGAGAGAGUGUUCCAUCCCAUCCGAUUAGAGCCUGGUGCUAAAGCUUAUAAUUUUAGCUUCUGUCCAAGCGAUUCGAACAAAAUCGUUGUUUUCGGUCAUAAGUUUCUUAGAAUAUACAAGUACAAAGAUGAGCCACGAUACCAGGAGAAAUUGCGUGACGAAGAACGUGCCAAUCAGUCUUUUCAUAGUCUGGCAUGGCAAAAUAAUCCUCUUCAUUUGCUCAUCGGAAAUUCAUUAGGAGAAAUUCUUGUCAUUGAAAACAACAUUGUUUUGAGGAAAGUAUCUGUUACAGAAAGUGUAAAAAAAGCCUUGAAACUAAAUGAUAACUGUGUAAAAGCGAUAAGGUGUUUACUUGCAACAAGAAAUGGAUUUAAAUGUAGUUAUGGAGGAGAUUGGGUGUUGUGUCUCGAUGAAAAGUUUGAGAUACAGAAAAUCUUAAAUGUGCCACAGCCUUCGGAGGAAUCGCAUAUUGUGCAAUUGAUCACAAAUUCCCUAGAAAACAUUACUGUCGCUGCCACUGAAGAUGGACAAAUUUUUACCGACACAAAUGGAUCAACUCUUCAGAUAAAGCCAUAUGAAGAAGAAUUUAGUUUGCUUCUAGAUCGACAACACAUCAAAAGUAUAGUUUGCUCUGAUACAGUAAUGCAGAUAUCUCUUCAGGCUACCUGCUCUUCAAUUGCAAUCAUCAUAAGAAACAUAUUUUCUGGGAUUGUUUAUCAUCGAAGCGAACUAAAUUCUGUUCCAAUAUGCGUCUCUCUUCAUCCACUGGGUACAAUUGUUUUAAUUGGAUUUGGUGAUGAAUGGCGUGCUUAUAAUAUUCUGCACGAUAAACUCCAGGAGGUCAACCUUCGUAAGGAGAAAAAGAUGUCUGUGGAUCCAAUGUAA